AUGGCAGAAACUACAGUGUCAUUUGUUUUAGAGCAGCUCUACAAACUUGCUUUAGAAGAAGGAACUUUGCUGACAGGAGUACACAAAGACUUUGAUGACAUCAAAGUUGAACUUGAGAGCAUUCACGCCUUCCUCAAGGAUGCAGAUGCAAAGGCUUCUGAUGAUGGUGGAGGAGGAGGAUCUAAUGAAGGAGUCAAAACUUGGGUGAAGCAGCUGAGGGAAGCUUCUUUUCGCAUAGAAGAUGUGAUUGAUUACUAUAGCAUGUAUAUGGCACAAAGGGUUAACAAUUCUGGUUCUGGAUGCAUGGUCUCACUCAAAAUGGUGUUUCAGAUUAUUAAAACCUUGAAGCUGAGACAUCAAAUUGCUUCUGAGAUGAAAGAUAUCAAAUUAUCAAUUGGUGGAAUCAAAGAAAGAAGUGAGAGGUAUGAGUUUAAGGCUGAAAAUGGACCAGGAUGCUCUAGAGGGAGAGGGACUACUCAAAGUGAAAGUUUUGGUGAUCCUCGAAUGGCUUCGCUUUUCAUUGAAGAGACUCAAGUUGUGGGGUUUGAGUCAUCAAGAAAUGAAUUGGUGAGAUGUUUGGUGGAAGGAACCAAAGAACUCAUGUUGGUUACAGUGGUUGGCAUGGGAGGACUCGGAAAAACAACUCUUUCUAACUAUGUUUUUAAUAACCAGUUCGUAAAAAAACACUUUGAUUGUAGAUCUUUCAUCACAGUUUCUCAAUCUUAUACUGUGAGGGAGUUGUUGAUUGAUAUGGUAGAGAAAUUUUGUAAGGACAGCAAUGAGUCUAUUCCAAAGGGUCUGCACAAGAUGGAUGACAAGACAUUGAUUUAUCAAGUCAGGCAAUACCUUGAAGCAAAAAGGUACUUAGUAUUUUUUGAUGAUGUUUGGAAAGAAAAUUUUUCUGAUGAGAUUCAACAUGCUAUAAUUAGUAAUAACAAAGGAAGUAGAAUCAUUGUGACCACUAGAAUGAUGCAUGUAGCUGAAUAUUUUAAGAAAUCUUUUCAUGUUCAUGUUCACAAGCUACAACCUUUGUCUCCAAAGAAAGCAUGGGAACUUUUUUGCAACAAGGCAUUCAGAUAUGAGCCUGGAAAAAAGUGUCCGGCAGAACUUGAGGGUAUGUCCUGUGAAAUGGUUCAAAAAUGUGGAGGGCUACCAUUGGCAAUUGUGGCCAUUGGGGGUCUUUUGUCAACAAAAUCUAAAACCGUUUUUGAGUGGGAAAAGGUGAGUAAAAAUCUGAGAAUGGAGUUAGAGCGCAAUGCCCAUUUAACUAGUUUAAUGAAGAUUUUAUCUCUUAGUUAUGAUGAUUUGCCUUACCACUUGAAAUCGUGCAUGUUGUAUUUUGGUAUAUAUCCUGAGGACUACAUCAUCAAACGCAAAAGACUUACUCGACAAUGGAUGGCUGAAGGAUUUGUAAAGGAUGAGGAGAAUAGACCAUUGGAGGAAGUUGCUGAAGAGCACAUGACAGAGUUGAUACACAGAAGUUUGGUUCAAGUCUCUAAAGUGGGUUUUGAUGGGAAAGUGAAAAGUUGUCAAGUCCAUGAUUUGUUGCGCGAAGUGAUUAUCAAAAAAAUGAAAGAUUUAAGCUUUUGCCAUUUAAUGCUUCCAAGAUCCAUUAGCAAGCUCGUGAAUAUAGAAACCUUGGAUUUGAGGCAAACUCAAGUGCAUGAGUUACCAAAAGAGAUAAACAAGCUCACAAAGCUAAGGCUUCUUCCGGUCUAUUAUAGAAAAUAUGAAGGGCAUUACUCUAUGUUGAACUUUACAACGGGUGUGCAAAUGCAAGAGGGUAUUGGGUGCUUGAUAUCUUUACAAAAACUAUACUUUUUGGAAGCAGAUCAUGGUGGAAUAGACCUUAUCCAUGAGCUCAAAAAGUUGAGACAGUUAAGGAAGUUAGGCAUAAGGCGUGUGCGGGGAGAAUAUGGAGAUGCAUUAUGUGCUACAAUACAAGAGAUGAAGCACCUUGAAUCUCUAAAUAUUUCUGCUAUAAAUGAGGAGGAAAUCCUUGACUUGGAUUUUGUAUCAACUCCACCUAAUCUUAAAGUGCUCAACUUGAAAGGUAGAUUAACAAAGUUGCCUAGUUGGAUUCCGAAACUCAACUAUCUUGUGAAGCUAAGGCUUGGUUUAUCUAACUUUGAACAUGAUCCACUAGACUCUUUAAAGAAUUUGCCAAAUUUGUUGAGGUUGAAUUUGUGGGAUGAUGCAUUUGCUGGUGAAAUUUUGCAUUUUAAAGUUGGAGGGUUUCCUAAGCUGAAGGAACUUGAUCUCACUCGAUUGAAUAAACUAAGUUCCAUCACUAUAGAAAAGGGAGCUUUGCUCAGUCUUGAGCAUUUCAGAUUUAACAACAACCCUCAAUUGAAGGUGGUUCCGCAAGACCUUCAAUACUUGGAAAACCUUCAAUUCCUUGGAUUUGCUGAUAUGCCAUCUGAAUUGGUUGAAAGUAUUGAUCCAAACAAAAGGGGAGAUUGUCAUUGGAUAAUCAAGCAUAUUCCGCUAGUACUCAUUCGGCAGAAAGUAGGAUCAAGAUUCCAUGACUAUGAGUUGUAUCCUAUUCCUACUAUAUCUAAUGUCUGA